CCAGUCACCACCACAACACACAACCAAUUUACACCGGACUACGCCACCAUGUCGCUCGAGAAUCUAUUGCCUCUGGAACUCAUCGACAAAUGCGUUGGUUCGCAGAUCUGGGUCAUCAUGAAUGGCGGAAAAGAAUUCACGGGUAAACUAGUUGGAUUCGACGACUACGUCAACAUGGUGCUGGAGAACGUGACAGAGAUUGACCCGGCUGAGGGAAAUGUGCAGCUACCCAAGAUCCUGCUCAACGGCAACAACAUCUGCAUGAUGGUUCCCGGAGGAGAUGGCCAAACGGUGCUAGAGGAGGAGUAGGGCCACAGGCAACAGCGGCAUGGACAAGCGCCGCAAAAUGCGAUGAUGGCCGGGUUUGGGGCUCACAUGAUGGUAAACGGCUUCAUCGCGGUCUCUUCCAUCAGUGUGUUGUACUCGCCAUGGCGCCUGCCAUUCACGGCUAACCAUGCCGGCUGGUGCGACUGGUCCGGAGCCAUCUGCCGCAAGCAUCUAAGGUAGCCAGCCCAUGGGAGGCUACGCAGAGAGUAGUGCAUUUUGGUCGUUUCAGUUCACGUGGCUUUUGGGUUUGGUAGCGUGCAUAGAUGUAUGUAUGGAUGUAUGGGAUACAUAUGUAUGUGUGUGUGGUUCAUGAAUCAGCAAUUGUCUCUGUAUGGGCACGUGACCGUCGCAUAGGGUGAGGUGAGUGCAGCAGCAACGCGUCUGCAAGGCACCGGCGGCGGCC